CCGAAAAUAGCAAAAAAAUUAAAUGUGGCAAAUUUGCAGCUGAUUUUUAGCAAAUCUGUCCAUUUUAAAACAUCUUAAAGCAAAAUAUCUAGUGUAAAGGUCGAAGAUGGUUCCAUCCAAGAACAUCCUCCUGUUGAGUUUCCUGUAUUUUGUGCAAGGCAUUCCAUAUGGCCUCCAAUCUCGUUUUCUGCCAGUCUACCUCCGAUCCAGCGGCAUGUCGCUAACAAAUCUGACAUUUUUCAAACUCUUGUUGAUACCUUGGUUAUGUAAGGCUUUGUGGGCACCUUUUAUUGACAAGUAUGGGACCAAGCGUGAAUGGUUAAUCUGGAGUAUGGCAGGGCUAGCCAUGACGUGUGCUUUCGCAUCCUACCUCUCCCAAGCAGAACUCAUCGCCCUCAGUAUCUUGUUAUUCUUAUUAAACUGCUUCACGGCGACACAGGACAUCGCCGUUGACAGCAUCGCUAUUCAGAUUCUCUCAUCCAACCAACUCGGACAAGGCAAUACGGCUCAAGUUGUGGGAUACAAAUUCGGUGCAAUUAUCGGAGGCGGCGUUCUAUUAUGGCUGGUGGACAUUAUUGGGUUGAAACUUUUAUUUACGAUGUUGACCUUGAUUUAUUUUCUCUCUGUUUUGUUUGUGUUCUCGUCACAGAGUUUAAAAGAUGCAAGUGCCUUUACAAAGGCAAAUUCUAAUGCAGGACAAACAGAGAAAGAUUCAGGAAUGCAGGAAAUGAAGGUGCUACAAGUGCAGGACAUGUCAUACUUUGGUAUUCUUAGGGAUGUCCUGAAACCACAGGGAACUAAAUGGUUACUUGGAUUCGUGCUCAUCUAUAAGUUAGGUGAGCAGGGUGCCCUCAGUUCAUUUCCACUCUACAUGGUCGACCAGAACGUAUCGUCUGCUGAUAUUGGGUUCUGGGUAGGAGUCCUCGGUCAGAUCACGUCCAUAUUUGGCUCAGCUCUCGCUGGAUUCCUCUUGUCCAAGUGCCAUGUUGCUGCACAUUCGUUUCUGCAGCAUCUCUUCCUCCUCCAGCUGAUACCCCUGACUAGUAUGUUUCUCCUUGUGUCAUUCUGGAGACCCAGCUUCUUCUUCCUCGGUGUCAUCUGCAUGAAUGCUCUCCUCAUAAUCAGCGGCCUUGUCACCACGACGACCUUCACCUUCAUGAUGCAGUGCUCCCAGCAUGCACCUGUCCAAAUUCAAGGAACACACUACACGACACUAGCCACGUUAGAGGUUUUCGGAAAACUGACUUUUGCAUCUUUAUUAGGGCUAUUAAUAGAUUUGUUUGGUUACAAAAGUAUGUAUCUAUUUUUCAUAUUUAUGUCUGUUGUCAUUAAUCCUUAUUUGAAACAAUGUCCAAACUUUUUAAAAGAAAUUCAUGAAUUGAAUACAAAAUCUGAUAAUAAAUCCAGGUGACAGGAGUUGAGCCUGCAAGAGGUACAUUCCCAAUCAGGUGCUGACUAUUGAUUGUGCAUUAUAAACAUUGAUUAUUUAACAUAAAUACAUUUAUAUGGGUU